AUGUGGUCGAAGGCCUUCUUCCUGUCAUCGCUCUCGCUCUGGGCCAGAGUCGCUAAUGCGGCGUUUGGACUCACCACCAACGACAACUCCUAUGUCAUUGACGCAGGAUCACCAAACUCGCUGGUAUUCACCGUGAGCCGCUCCAGCUGUGACAUUACCUCCAUCAAAUACUACGGCUCCGAGCUUCAAUACUCCAGCACGGGCAGCCACAUCGGCUCUGGUCUCGGCAGCGCCACUGUGUCUGCGGUCCAGAAUGGGGAUUACAUCAAGGUCACUUGUGACGCCGGCACUUUGACCCAAUAUUUCGUCGUCCACAAUGGAGACCCUAUUAUCCACAUGGCGACCUAUAUCACUGCGGAACCCUCGAUCGGCGAGCUACGAUUUAUCGCACGUCUCAACUCGGACCUGCUUCCUAACGAGGAACCUUUUGGCGCUGUUUCAACCACCAGUGGCGGCAGUGCUAUCGAAGGAUCGGACGUGUUCAACGUCAAUGGCCAGACGCGCAGCAAGUUCUACUCCAGCCAACGGUUUAUCGAUGACCAGAGGCACUGUAUUUCGGGAAGUGCUCACCGCGUCUGCAUGAUCCUCAACCAGUACGAAGGCUCCUCUGGCGGUCCUUUCUUCCGUGAUAUCAACUCCAACAACGGCGGCAGUUACAACGCUCUUUACUGGUACAUGAACUCGGGCCACGUUCAAACCGAGAGUUACCGCAUGGGCCUCCACGGCCCUUACUCCAUGUACUUUAGCCGCAGCGGAACCCCCAGCACCGACAUCGAUACCUCCUUCUUUGGCAACCUCGACAUCAAGGGUUACGUCCCUGCGAGUGGACGAGGAACCGUCAGCGGUACUGCAUCGGGCGCUGACUCCAAAUUCAAAUGGGUCAUUCACUGGUUUAACGAUGGCGCUCAAUACUGGACCUACACCGGGUCGGGUGGUGCUUUCACCUCCCCGGCGAUGAAGCCCGGUACCUACAAAAUGGUUUACUACCAGGGUGAAUUCAAGGUUGCCGAAUCGUCUGUUACGGUGACUGCGGGAUCAAAGACCACCAAGAACAUUUCCGGCUCUGUUUCGACUGGCACAACUAUUUUCAAGAUUGGUGAAUGGGAUGGACAACCAACCGGCUUCCGUAACGCCGAGAACCAGCUCCGCAUGCAUCCUUCCGAUUCUCGGAUGAGCAGCUGGGGCCCGCUCACCUACACAGUGGGCAGCUCGCAGCUGACCGAUUUCCCCAUGGCUCUGUUCAAGUCCGUCAACGACCCUCUUACCAUUAAGUUCACCGCGACCUCUGCCCAGACCGGCGCAGCUACUCUGCGUAUUGGAACCACCCUUUCUUUUGCAGGCGGUCGUCCUCAGGCAAAGGUCAACAGCUGGAGUGGCAGUGCUCCAUCCGCGCCUGCGAACCUCAACUCCCGAGGCGUCACUCGCGGCGCGUACCGUGGGAACGGAGAGGUCUACGACGUUAGCAUCCCUGCCGGAACUAUCGUCGCAGGGUCCAACACGAUUACCCUGUCUGUGAUCUCCGGAAGCUCAGGGGCAGACUUCCUCAGCCCUAACUUUGUCUUUGAUUGCGUGGAACUUUUCCAGUAG